AUUAGCAUAAUAGUUACUGAAGUCAGACAAGCAAACACAUGAUCAUGACAUCAGAGAAAUAUUGAUUGGUGCAUUAAAAAGGACCACCACUGCGCUCCAGUGUCGGGGUGGCAGCAGACAUUACAGCAGCAAGAAAUCUAUGCCGUGUUCACGCUUGAAUUCCCCCACACCAUCACCACACACCACACGGGACGGAUGUUCGAAGUCGUCGCUACCUAACUUGCCAACCAUCAAUGAUUACGUGUAAAGUCUGAUGAGGUUUGACGCAUUGAAAUACCGCAGAUCUGAAUAUAAUGCCGACCUUUCACAUUUCUAGAUCAAUAGUUUUUAAUGUCAAACACCUGGAAUAAACAAUCGCAGAGAUGCUGAGUUCAGAGUAAGAGUAGACAAUGCAAGAGAACUAGCUGACGUUCAAGAGGUCACCACCCGUCAGAAGAAAUCCUUGUGCUUUUGUUUACGUGUAUCCAGCUCGCAGGGGGAAGUUGUGGCCGCUUGGUGUACGAUCGACUGCAACAAUCUUAAACAGCAUAACCGGAUGAUUGCGACAUCACAAUAAUUAAACAUACACUGAGAUCGGAAUAUUGACACAACCGUCAACGGGUAAUGAUAAAGUACACGUAGGCCCUGGCGACAGAAUCACAAGUUCCAGUAAUCACUAUCUCACUAUCAUCAGCAGACAGGUCAUCGUCAGUGCAUGCUGGUUUUAAACCAGUAAACGUGUGUGCUUCGGUGUUUUGCAAUGCAAUCGGAUUCGGUGCAAUCUACGAGGUACAAUGUAGCUGAGCUAGCUGAGUACAAUUCUAUUCUAUUCUACAGAGACAGGCAUUGACAGGUACCGGUUUCAAAGAGAACAUGACACUUCAGUAACUGCAGGGCCUGUGACUAUAUGAUCAUAUUAAAUUAUGAUGAAUGCUUCUGAAGAAUGAGCUCAUCAUCGUACAUGUUGUAGAUGAAGUUGAAUUGAAGUUCAUGUUCGUUGCCUGUCCUGUUGCACCGACCAAAGACAAAGUCAUUGAGUAUUAAAGGACGACUGACUGCCUGUGCUGACCUCAAGUCAACAAAUACAAAGAACAGUGUGUUGUUUGAGAAUUCCAUGACCUGUUGGACUGUAUUGCAGAAAUGGCCAACAACAACCACAGAGAUGUGAAAUAUAGCAGAUUGGAAAAUGGCCAACAGCCCGAUGCCGGGAACAACAGCAGUGGUUUCGGAAAGAGUAUUAAGUUUGUGGCAAUACUUGCUGUGGUAAUAGUCCUGUUCACAUGUACAACGUGGGCAUUUAAAAAGCCUGAAAGUUCGAAAGCACAAGCGGGCAUUCAUUCUUUCAGUUAUGAACAUCAUCUAGAGACGGAAAUAAUCUUCAGCGCCCAAAGACAACAAGAGCAACUUGAAGAAAACAGUACCGUCACUUCUCAGGGAAACGCAGCAAAGGAUGCCAAGGAUAAGCCACAAACGGGUCCUGUAGUGGCAGUUGAAAGUCAAGGGAGUAGGGUACCCCAGAAACAACAACCCAUCAAAACGCUAUUUACAAGCCUCCACUCAACAUUUGACGGACUAAAGCUCGGGAAAAACAAGCAGAUCCCAACAUUGGCUUUUGUUCAAACAAGUUCAGACCUCAAACCGUUACUAGAGAGAAUAGGUUCAACAGUCAGCAUGAUUGAAAAUGACUUGAAGGGAAAUGCGGAGAAAGUGCAGGCGAUUUAUAAGAGGAGCCCACAGCACUCUAAGACGUUACAGGAUAUGCUUCUAUAUGACAUCAAGAUGGGCAGAGCAAAAGAGGACAGCAGUUCAGUAGUCGCACUUUUAUGGAUAAAACGGGCGUACCAGUUUAUUGAAAGAUUUCUGAGAUAUGUCGCAGACGGCCAACAGCCAGUUCCAGCUGCUCAAACUGCCUAUGAUGAGAUGCUUAGUAGAUAUCAUAGCUGGUUUGUCCGGAGUGCCUUUAAAAUUGCCAUGAACCUACUGCCGUCCAGGACAGAAUUCAUGGAGAAAAUGCUCGAGGACAAACAAGACCUGAAGAGACCAGACUAUGAGACGCAGGUGGUCUCCGAUAUGAAUCAUUAUUUAGACGGAAUGCUUAACAUAUUCAACAUUCUGGAAGAUUUCUACAAGGACCAUCACUUAGAGACGUAAAGAGAGAGUGAUGUGUAUGUUUUGAGUUUUUACCAACAAACUGUCACAAGGAAAUUUUUUUUUAACUGGUUCAGUUUCGCUACUUUAGACUAUUGUCCUGUCUUUAUGGAUAAAGACUCGAGUGUCGUUGGUAUCAAUUGGCUCACUAUUCUGUUUGGGCAAGUGUGAGUAUUUUAGUUGUAGUGCGGUGCUAUUUGUUUUAUUUGAUGUACACGCUUUCCGCUGCAGGCACACAUGCACAGGCUUAAAAAAUGUAAUAUUUUGGGUGACACCACCGAGUGCCCAUUGAAGACACAAAUGCAAAGUGUGUCAAAGAAACAUUUUUGAUGAUCGUGGUAGCUGCAUGGUGUUUUGAAGGAAGCUUCAAUUGCAGGCGACAUCAUUCACUGCCCUCAAAGUGAAGAUAUUAGACGUUUGUGUCAUAGUUAAUGACAUUCAACCAAAGCUAGUACAUGGCAUAUAAGUACACUUAUACCAUGAAUCAGAGUGCGACCUGGGUGCAAUGUUCUAAAACUACAUCGACAGGUACGCAUGUUCACAAUCGAUUUGCAUUAAUGGGACAUUUCCUCUGCAUAGCAUGACAAGAACUGCCCCCAUGUCUUUUGUUUUGUCUAUGGUAAAGCAGGGGGUGAAAAAAAGGGACGUUUUGGUUAUGGGUACCAGACUGAUCCUAAAAUUCCUACACCUUUGUUUUGCCAAGCAAAAAAUAGCUAAGUAGGAUUUGGAACUUUGCAUGGUGGAAAUACGACAUAGAAAGGUUUGCGGUAACACCAUGUAAAAACUAUCUUCUAACAGAAGGAAAAAAAGCAUAAAUUGAGAGAGGAACAUUGUAUACGUACACAAUCUGCUUUUCUCUUGCGAGUUUUUAUACAGUUUAGAUUGGUGUGAUUCGAUUCAUGUUCUGAAUUUUUUUUUUUUUUUCCCAUUUUUUAGGCAGUGACACCAAGUUAUUCAGAAUAAAGUAGAGAAAUAAUUCCUGACUAGCCUGCCCUAUUUUGAAAGGGCAUGUAAUCUGAAGCAGGAACUCUGUUGGUUUGAGCCUUCAUACACAGAAAAACAAAUUUUACAAGUAUUUUGCAAUAUGGUGCCUUAAUUUUUUCGUACAUAGCUGUACCUUCAGUGUUUUUUUGCAACUGCUGUUACAUGAGGCCAUUUUCGAAACCACUGUUUGGACUUGGGCACUGUUUGGCUCUGUAGGUUAUUCAGAAAUUGCUUUCCUUACAAGGGUCAAGUUUGCGCCAAUCGUUAACUGGUGCUCGCUCUUUGAUGACAUUAUGCUUUCAGCUUUCAGCGCAAACGCAUAGUCAUGCCGUGACUGGUGUCUCUACAUAUAUUAUAAUUUUUUAUAAUUUUUUUUAUAACUGGUCCACUCUGCACUAUGCUAUGAAAUCAGCUAUUGUUAACCAGCCUAGUAGGCUGGUUCCAAAUAGUCGGACUAGCGUAGUACAACUAUUGUUGACUAGACUAGUCCACUCUGCACUGUGCUAUGAAAAUGGCUAUUGGUAACCAGUGAUGCGACCAUGCCCGGUAGGCUGGUUAAAAAAAUCCAACUAUCAUCGACUAGACAGUGUUUGGGAUAACUUUGUCAGACAGGCAGACAGAGCCCAGGCUGGAGCCCAAAGGCUUAGCCCAAGCUUAAGCUUAGGCCCAGGCUUAAGCCUAUAGGCUCGAGCCCUGGUUUCAAAAACAGCUAAAGGAUUUCAUAACUGCAGCAUGUUAUGCAGAGGGAUCAAUGUGUGGUUUUUGUACUAUACUUUUACACUGUUAUGCAACUCUUGAUUAUUUUCAUGUAAAACUCAACUCGAAAGAUGUGAUAUAUUUGUAUUCAUUGUGAGGUUUAUUUCAGGUUUCUUUAGUUUACUUGGCAAUGAGGCGUUGUAGUUCAUAAACAUUACAUUUGUACUAUCAUAGCGUGCCAUGGCCAAGCGGUUAAGAGUGGGUGCAUUCGAUAAGCUUCCCUGGGUCGACCUCAAAGUGCUCACUCGGGUGAGCCCCUGACAAGAGAUAAUCAAACGAUCACACUCACCCUUUCGUGGUGACGGCUUGCAACUCAGGUCACCCCCAAGUGACCCACUCCACAAGCAGGGCACUGGGGGCUGACCCGGGUGAGCCCCGUCAAAGCUAUUCGAACGUACCGGGGCAGACCGGGGUCGACCCAGGGAGGCUAAACAAAUGCACCCAGUGUCGGACUGUAAGCUCUGAUGUUUCUCAUCAGCAGAGUGUUUGA